AUGAAUAUUUUGUCACCAACGCUAGACUACUCAAGUUCAAAUACCAUUUCUAUUUUACCAAGUUAACUAUAGUGUGGUUUGAUUCAUCAUUACUUGCAAAUAUGCGAGUGCUUACAGCAUUUUGCUUACUGUGGCUGAGCGAAUUCACCCUAGCCUCUUCCCACAUGCAUACAGUAUUCUGCUACUACGGAAGCUGGGCUGUGUACCGACCCGGCAAGGGAUCAUUCAAAAUAUCGGAUAUUGAUCCAACUCUCUGCACUCACAUCGCCUACGCGUUUGUUGGCAUCACCCUGGACGGCGACGUCCAGAUCCUCGACGAGUAUAGAGACCUCUCCACAGACGGUGGAUUGGGUGGGUUGGAAGAAUUUAACACCCUUCGGGAUCGAAAUGCCGAAUUGAAAACCCUAGUGUCAAUUGGUGGAUGGAACGAGGGUUCUCUGAACUUUUCUCACGUGGCUAGCAACUCCAAACUGCGGUCAAUGUUCGCAAAUAACGCACUCGAAUUCGUGCUCGAGUACGAUUUUGACGGUAUCGACAUCGCCUGGGCGUAUCCAGCCCAGCGUGGUGGUGCUGAAACAGAUGUCAAGAACUUCGUUCUCCUCCUGAAAGAACUUCGAGAACUCUUUGACGAGCAUGAUCUCAUCUUGAGCGCCGCUUUAGGUGCCUCCGAAAGCACAGCGAGAUUGUCGUACGAUAUUCCAGAGAUCUCGGAGUACCUUGACAUCAUCAAUAUCAUGGAGUACGACUUCCAUGGUUCCUGGGAUAACUUCACCGGCCAUAACACACCUCUCUAUGCUGCGACACGAGAAACUACGAAACUCGAGCGAACCCUCAAUAUUAACGCAUCGAUCCAUUAUUGGCUGGAUCAGGGGGCACCAGCUGAAAAGAUACUGCUUGGUACAGCGAUGUAUGGAAAAACCUGGACUCUUGAAGAUUCUUCUGUACACUCACCUGGAUCACCCGUAUCUGGGCUUGGUAAUGCAGGUCCGUACACGCAGGAAAAUGGAAUUCUGGCCUACUACGAGAUCCUCCAAAAACAGGCUGAUGAAAAGUGGACGGUCGUUUUUGACGAGGAGCAGCGGGUGCCUUAUGGUUACUGUGGUGACCAGUGGGUUAGCUACGAUAACGUCAAAAGCCUCACCGAAAAAGGAAAUUACGCCAAGUCUUUGGGACUUGGAGGCUUCUCGAUUUGGGCUUUGGGCUUGGAUGACUUUCGAGGACUCUACGGGACGAAAUACCCACUUGUUAAAACCCUCAAGAAUAUGAUCGAUACGGAUAGCUCUAUCAGUUCCGACAGUGAGUCUGACGAGGAAUCAAGCGAAGAAUUAUCCUAGACAGCUCUGGUUAUCUGGGUUUAAGAUAUUAGAAUGAUACAUGUAACAUUUGAACACGAGUAUGCAAUGACAUGUAUAGAUUCAACAAAUUAAUCAAUGAAAAUAUUGUAUCCGGUAUUAAGUAUAAUUCUCGUCUUCAGCUUAUUCCUGAUAAAGAUCACAGGCAAUGAUUUGUAAUCAAGGCGAUGAUUUUGUUCACUAAAUUAACUUCGAAUCACCAAUAAAUCGAUAAUUGUCAGUCUUAUAUUCAUUCAUCCCUGACCAGUACAAAGUAUAUCGAAGUAGAGUUAUUCGUCGUAAUUGUGAACGAUCCCAAUUAAAU